UAAAGCUUCAAAUUCAGUAAAAACUAAAGCAUCUAGAAACAACCCGUAGAUGAGCAACAUACUACUAAAUAUAAAGAUCCGAAUACGGCCUUAACCAAACAAAAUUUUCCAAAACAAAACUUAUGCCAAUACUACUUGUCUUCCUCAUAGUCAUCACAUAACAAAGCAUUCAAUCAUAAAGAAACUCCAUGUGUACAAUAAAAACAAAUUGAUAAUAAGUUAAGUAAAGAAAUCCAAACACCGAGAAUAUAAAAUUGCAUUGCCUUUGCUUAUCACAAACUGCUUAUAACAGAGAAGGGGUCCCUCUAUGUAUUUUGUAAUCAAAGGCUGAAAGUUCAUCACACAACAAAAGGAACUAAAAUAAAAGAAACUCUAGUUGGACAUCAAAACAAAAAGAUAAUAUAUAACUGCAGAAACUCAAACAUUCAAAAUCUAGAGCUUCAUUUUUUUGGCCGAUCACAAAGUGUUUUUGAAUCAUUGCAUAUACAAAGAUUGGAAGUUAGAACUAAUUAAGUAUAAGUAACAUAGCGUAUACCUUCCUUUCCCACUACUUGAACAAUAUUCAACCAUAACUAAAAAAGAACCACGAUUUGCUGAAUCAACAAAUUGCACAGUGAAAGAGAGGAGUAAGGGCAGGAGGGAAUUAUCAGCUGACUUCUAUUCAUGGGUUGUACGUACAUGGGCUAUGGUGGUAUUAAUAAAUUGGGAGUAGAGUAUUUUAUAGUUGUAUGUUUAUUUAGGCAUUAUAAUAGUUAUUAUAUCAAUAGGAUUUCAUUUGGAAAAGCACUAUAAUAAGUAAUGGUGAAUAAGUAACAAAAUCAUAAUGAAAACUCAAAGUAUGUCACUCUUUUAUAAUAAAGUAUUUUCAACAACUAUCAGCCAUGCAAAUCAAUUACACAUCAUAUUGACUGCAAAUAGGUUUAUUCAUAUCCUUAACUAAAAUACUAACUAACUGGGUACAACAAUGGUAAAGAUAUAUCAAUUUACUUGAUCAUCAAAAUAGUAAACAAUCGAGUAAAAAAUCAAUCAACUUAAUUUCAAUCAAACAAACUCAUUUCUUAUCACAAAAUUUAGACAAAGAUACUUGUCUUUUUUGUUGUUGAUGAAUGUUCAUCCGAGAACAUUCCCAUCAUAAUUGGAGACCAAACCCUACUUCGACCCUAACUACAAAUUCAUGUAGAGGGGGAGAAAUAAUUGUGGCUCCACCACACAUUUGUCAAAAUUCUUCACCUUCAUCUUUAAUCCUGUCCUCUCAAAUCUCAAUAACUUAUAUCAAAAUUAGCUUAAAAAAGACUUUGACCAUGAAAACCCAAAAAUCCAUAUGAUAAGAUUUACACAACGUCAAACUAAAUCUGUAUCACCUGAAUUUUUAUAGCUGUUUAGAAAAACUGAACACGAAGGCAUGCUGGAGUAAAGACACAAUUAAUCACUAAAAUAAUAAUUGUUUUUAAUCAACAUAGCUUUUUUAUAAGGAUUAUCAGUAUAGCUUAAAGCAUCGGUUAAUUGACAAAUCCUAAGCAAUCGAUUAAAAUUAAUUUAAAAAAUUACAAUAGAUCUAUUAAGUCCUAUAAAAAUUAAAAGGUAACCUAUCAAGAAUACAAUUAAAUAAUUUAAAAGCAUGCGAAGUGCAAUCAAAAUUCAGAUCGCCAAUUAAAUAAAGAACUUUGUCGUGAAUCAAAUCACAGGAAAAUAUGUAUAAAGCAUAAUGGUAAAAUUGUAAAAUGUAAACCUAUGGCUAGAAAGUAUAGACGGGGAAAAAGUUUGUUUGUUCUCAUUGCAUACUUUUUGCAACAUCAAAUUAUAGAAAAUAACCGGUGAACAAAAUAAAUAAAUAAAUAAAUAACAGCAAGAGCUGAAGCGUGCAGCGUGCUAUUGCAUAGCUCAUGAGGUAGCUUAAAAAAGUAAAAUGAGCCCAACGUGGUAAUUAAUAUUUGGCCCAAUCAGUAGAACCAUUCAUCAUCAUCUUCUUCGUCGAUGGAAACUGGCGGUUUAUUCUAAUCAGUAAACACCACCAUUACACUAUUACAACUAUAGAAGAAAAGCUUUGUUUCACGAUCUGCAGAUGGACUAAUUAGUCAAUUGAGAGAACACCAAGAUGCUCAAUCGGAUGGGGAGAGGAAAGACCCAGGUGAUCUAGGUCGCCGACCCGCUCAAAGGGAGUGGGAGUUUUGCUAGAUCAGGCGACAGCGGCGGCGCGGUAGCGGAGAUUUUGAGAAUGGGUGUGAAGAUGAAUUUGUGAGCGAUAGUGGGCACGGUGGAGGGGAGAAGGUGGAAUCGAGAUUCAGUUUGGAUUGAAGAGUGAGUGGUUUACAGGGGAUGGGGUGCUUUGUCUGUCAACUCAAAGCGAGAGAGAGAGAGGUAACUUUACCAAACAGAAAAAUAGCGAGAGAGAGAGAGGCGUUGAAUUUACUGCUUUAACCCUCCGUUUUGUGCGGUUUGACGAGGAAUAGCUGAUGUGGCAAUAUGUUUAUUUUGACAUUGCCUUAUAGUAAUUUGUAGAUUUGGUUGACGCCCUGACCUUGACUCCCAGUCUCCCAUGUCAAGAGUCAAAGCGACCUCAAGGAAUAAGGGCCAAUGACGAGUUCGGCCCAAAAGUGAAAUCAGGGCGAGAAGGUAAGGUCCAUGUAAUCUACCAUAUCGGCCCAUAACCUCGCCACAUAGAUUUGAUACAUACCUUGCUCCCAUUUGGGCCAGAAGCUCGCAUAUACUUAUUCAAAUCCAGGUCCAACAAACCAAUGACGUGUUGUUCAUUCUUUCCUACGCCAGCAACCUUUGCGGCAAAUGAAUUUUAAAAUGUGCCAGUUUGCUCCUUCAAUUAUUAAUUAUUUUUGUUAAACUCAUUUUAAUCCCUUAAUUUCAAUGAUUUUGGAAGAUUUUGCAUUGUCAAACUUUGUCAGACGUCAGUUGUGUUACUCAUAUUUUGCAUUAGUGUAUUGAUAUUUGUGUGGUUAAAAUAAUAGAUAAUUAUUAAUAUUUUUUCUAUAAAAUUUUGUUUCCAACCCCUCAAUUUCUGACUUGACCGCACAUCUCAGUGUACAUCUAAUCCAACCCACCAUAACAAAUAUGCAUAUGCGUUAACCAAAUAUAGGAUGCACGUUGUAAACUUUAUCCUUAAAAACAAAAAACAAAAAAAAAGAGAUCAAUCCUACACGCAAUGCUGAGUCAACUCAAUUGAAUUCAGUUCAUGGAAUCGGAAACCAAUUGUCCAAAUAUGUCAACAAACGCCUCAUGAAAUUAAACUCCCCAAGAAAAUAAAAUCACUAUGGUAAUAAUUAUAUUAGAAAGUACAACUGUCCUAAUCCAAAACGUUAUAAUUUCUUCUCUCCAUUGAUCAGGAGGAUCAAUAGAAGCAAAAAAACAAAAGAUAGAUUGAUGGUUAUGUAUUAAUUACUAUGAUUAGGCAACGUAUCCAAUCCUAGUCAUUCAGGAUAGAAUUGGUUUAAGUACAGUUUGUUUCAAUUAUUAGUUUUCCAGGACCCCCAAAGUUGAGGAAUUGAAGAACAAGGACAGUUCCAAAAGCUUCAUGGAAGGGGGAGUAUAAAUAUCCUGGAUUCCCCCUUCAUCUCUCAACAACAAGCACCUUCAACAUCAAUUUGUUCCUCCCUCUCCCUCUCUGUCUCCGGUGGUUCGUUCAUUCGUAUCAGCUGGAAAAAUGACGAUCCAAUCCGUCCUCGUGGAGCAGCCCACUCUCGGUUUUGAAGCGGAAAAGAAGAUCAAGUUGGUCGAUAUUGAGGCCGAUAAGUUGGUCUCCAACGGUGAAUUCACGGUACCGGAAGAAAACGCAUUUGGGCGCUCUUUCAGGGAUUAUGAGAAUGAAAACAAUGCAAGGCACCGGGUUGUCGAGGAACUCUACCGUCAACAACACAUCCAUCAAACUUUCGAAUUCGUAAAGAAGAUGAGGGAGGAGUAUGGGAAACUGGAGAAGGGAGAGAUGAGCAUCUGGGAAUGCUGUGAGGUGCUCAACAACAUAGUGGACGACAGUGAUCCUGAUCUGGAUGAGCCCCAGAUUAUGCAUUUGCUGCAAACUGCUGAAGCCAUUAGGAAGGACUACCCUAAUGAAGAUUGGCUUCACUUGACUGCUCUCAUCCACGAUCUGGGGAAGAUUCUGAUCCAUCCCAACUUUGGAGGGUUGCCUCAGUGGGCUGUUGUUGGUGAUACAUAUCCGGUAGGUUGUGGUUUCAGCGAGACCAUUGUUCACCACAAGCACUUCAAGGAAAACCCAGACUACAAGAAUCCAGAGUACAACACCAAAUUUGGUGUCUACAGUGAAGGUUGUGGUCUUAACAAUGUGAUGAUGACUUGGGGCCAUGAUGACUACAUGUAUUUGGUUGCGAAAGAAAACGGUACCACUUUGCCAUCGGCUGGCCUGUUUAUCAUCCGCUACCAUUCAUUCUAUCCACUGCACAAAUGUGAUGCGUACAAAUACUUGAUGAACGAGGAAGAUAGGGAGAACUUGAAAUGGCUCAACAUAUUCAACAAAUAUGACCUGUACAGCAAGAGCAAGGUUCCGAUCAAAGUUGAGGAGGUGAAGCCAUAUUAUGAAUCCCUCAUUAAGAAGUAUUUCCCGGCAAAGCUCAAGUGGUGAAGGUGAAAAGAAGGCUCGUGAAAUGAAGAGAUAUGCAAGUUUUUUAUUCGUGAUUAUAUAUAUAUAAAUAAUGAGAAUUGGGGCUCUGAAUAAAGGGAUUGUUGUGGGAGAUGGGUUUUCAGUUGAAUGUUUGUUUGUAUUACAGAAUGUGUCUUGAUUGGGGAUGUAAUAUUGCCGAUGAAAUGCUAAAUUUAAUUCGGUGCACUCAUUUUAUUGGAUGCAUUCAGUGCAUCCAACUCUAAAAAUGGUACAUCAAAAUUUGAACUUUAAUUGGUAGAAUUAGUGUAACACGAUGAUAUAACAUAAAAUCAUAACUAAUCAAUCCAUUGCCCUAACCUCUUGACCUUCAAUUUUGAAUCCCAACCUAAAACCCCAAAUUGUAAACCUAAACCCUAACCCUAAAUCCCUAAACCCUAAAUCAUUGAAAUUAAAGUAAAUCUUGAAUGAUUUUUGUACAAAUUCGUGUAUUUUCUAGUUCAUCAUAUCAUACGUGUCCAUUACCAUCAUUUUUACGUGAAUCGUUUGCUUAGAAUAACGAUUAUGAAUGCACCCAAAAAAGUGAGUGCACCGAAUACACCACAAUAUUUACUUAUUUACUUUCAUAUUCAUUUAUGAUGACUUUGGAUAUCUCGAUAAGUUUAUUAGGAUCAACCAUGAUUUUAGAGAUCUUUGCAAAGGUUUGGUGCAAGCAGGAAAAUUAAAGAGGGUUGAGAUUCAAAUUCUUAGGACUGUAAUGUGUUUUUUCAAGCCAAAUAGGGGGUGAUUUGGAAUAGUAUUUUGAGAGGUGAAGACUGAAGAGUAUUGAAUAUUGAUUGGAGACUUUAAAUUCUUGGGAUUGCAAAAUGAAGCAUGACUUCAUGGUAUUGAUCCAUUCUCUUUUGAGCCUCAGUACAAAAUCCAGAAUCCACCCAUGAAUGUUUUGUUCUUUCUUCAUUUACUUCAACAGAUACAGUUCACUGAUGCAAAUUGGUCUGGUCUAAGUUCUCUAUAGUGAGACAUAAUUUCCAUAGCUGGCUGAUUUAAAAAGAUAGAGCUACCAGUAGGGUCAAAUUGAAGCAAUGAGGGAAGACUAGGGAUGACACAUGUUUGGUCUGUGGCACAGGGCAGGAAAACAGGGAUAUAAUGUACUCAAGGGCUGCCUUCAAAUGAUACAGGUGCUCUGUCCACAUUAUGCUCAGUUUGUAGACUACCUCAACUGGCAGUUGAGAGAUUUGCAGGCAACAGAGCAAAGGAAACUAUAGGAAAGCUGAUCUGGAAUUUGAUGAUAAGUUUCCUAAGAUGAGAGAGAUGUACUAGAGUUUAUGGUGGGAAGAAGGUGCAGUAUACUGAGAUUGUUGGAUCAGUUAGAAGAGCACUGUAAGUGGCUAGACAAGGUAACUCUCGAUUGAAUGAUGUAUGUAAUCAAGUGUCGAUGUAAACAUGUUUGGUUAGUUAGCUCAGUCUUCAGUUAGCAGAGUUUAGUGCAGCAGCAGAUAUCAGCUGCAAAUCUGUAAAUGAGUGGAAUGAACCACGGCCAAUGUUAGAAUGAACCACGGCCAAGUCAGUAACAUAAUUGCUCCUGGGUAGGAGGUUACAUUCAACACUAAGGAACCUGGACACUGGUUAAUCACUAGAUUCUUGAAGGAGGUUUUUGGGCAUUUUAUGCAUUGUUAGUAAAUACUACGAUUACUAUUAGAGGACUUGCAUUGAUAUGUAGCUAAUCCUUGAAGAUGCAAAGGAUGGGGUAGAAGAUGAAUCUGGUUCAGAGUAGUAUCUACUACAGAAUUCCAAAUGCUUAAGCGCUUCUUAUGUAAAUAUUUAUAUGUAGCUAAUUCUUGAAGAUAUUGACAAGGUUGGUAUAUCGAAUUACUAACAUGCCUAGUUGAAGGAGACCUUGUUCACAACGAAUCAUAGGCAAAAAAGAGGUUAAGAACUU